UUGCCCAUGGACGGGGACAGGGUGGAGAUAGAUGGCGGGGUCAUGGAGGGGGGUGGCCAGAUCUUGCGAGUCUCCACGGCCUUGAGCUGCCUGCUGGGGCUUCCCCUGCGAGUGCGGAGGAUCCGAGCCGGGAGGAGCCAGCCUGGCCUUAGGCCUCAACAUCUGUCUGGACUAGAGAUGAUUCGAGAUUUAUGUGAUGGGCAGCUGGAUGGUGGAGAAAUCGGUUCAACAGAAAUAACCUUCACUCCUGGGAAGAUCAAAGGUGGAACCCACAUAGCGGAUACCAAAACAGCAGGGAGCGUGUGCCUCCUGAUGCAGGUAGCAAUGCCGUGUGUGCUGUUUGCUGCUUCCCCUUCAGAACUUCAUUUAAAAGGUGGGACUAAUGCUGAGAUGGCUCCACAGAUAGACUACGCAGUGUUGGUCUUUAAACCAAUAAUUGAAAAGUUCAAUUUGACCUUUGACUGUGACAUAAAAAGGAGGGGCUACUACCCCCAAGGUGGUGGUGAAGUGAUAGUCCGAAUGUCACCAGUCAAACAGUUAAGCCCAAUAAACUUAACUGAACGUGGCACUGUGACCAAGAUACAUGGAAGAGCAUUUGUUGCUGGAGCCUUGCCCAUUAAACUAGCAAAAGACAUGGCAUCAGCAGCAGUGAGAUGCAUCAGAAAAGAAAUCAGGGAUCUUUACGUUAAUAUUCAGCCUGUUCGAGAACCUGAUAAUCAAGCCUUUGGAACUGGAAGUGGAAUAAUUAUUGUUGCAGAAACUUCAACAGGUUGUCUGUUUGCUGGAUCAUCACUUGGUAAAAGAGGUAAGAAUUCUGACAGGGUUGGAAUUGAAGCUGCAGAGAUGCUGCUUGGAAAUCUUAGGCAUGGGGGAGCAGUGGAUGACUAUCUGCAAGACCAGCUGAUCAUUUUCAUGGCAUUAGCAAAUGGGGUAUCUAGAGUGAAAAGUGGACCAAUUACACUUCAUACUCAAACAGCUAUACAUUUUGCAGAACAGCUAACAAAGGCUAAAUUUACUGUGACAAAAUCAGAAGAUGAAGAUUCCACUAAAGAUACCUACUUUAUUGAGUGCCAAGGAAUGGGGUUGAUAAACUCAAGCUUGUAGUUUUUCUUUAAAGAAAAAACAUACCUCUGAUGUAUUGCACUACAUUUCAGUUGACAUGCUACCCAGUGGGGAACAGGAGUUACUUUAUCAUAAAUAAUUGGUUUGAUUUAAAUUCAGAGAUGAUGUAGUGAUUUUGUGGUAUGCUGAGAAUACUUCCUGUCCUUCCUUUGGCUGUUAACAGCAAAAUGAGUACUGAUGAAAUAGCAAAUGGAAUAAAAUGCAAGUGUUCAGGAGAGCUGAAACUAGAGAUGAGUAGCUUUAAGGAUAUGAGUGCACCAGAGUUGAUAAACUACCAUUACAACUUUUAAAAGUUACUUAAAUGACACAACCAUUCCCCUUAAAGCAUGUAGGUUUAUCAUAUGGGAUCCUUUACAUAUUUGUUACGAAAUAGUUCAUUUCUGUUUAUCUAUCAGCCUUUGUCUCUAAAGUAUUCUGUUUCUGUAGUCGUUUUGCUGAAAUUGAUAUGGAAAAAAUAAAGCAAUUUCGG